ACAGUGACCGAGGGUGGAGAAAGCACCCAGGACACGAACCCCUGCUCACCUGCUGCUCCUCUGUGAUCAGGGUCAACGACUCACCUGCUCCAGACUCUUCACCUCCUCCACCCUCAAAGUCCAGCAUGGCGCACACUCCAGAGGACGGCCUGUACGGCUCAUGGGUUGAACUGGAGGACCUGAUGGCAGCCGUGAGCCGCAGGGAGAGUUUGACGGGACCACAGGACAGUGUCUCAUCAGCCCUGCAGGGGGAGCUGGAGCGCAUUCUCCUGGAGGCGCAGCUGGAGUGUGAGAGGAGUAGAGACAGUCCUCCGCAGGUUGUAACGCCACAGUUGAGCGCGUCGACCUCCAGCGACCAGGACAGCGACUGUGUCCCCAUUCAGGAGGAGCCUGAGCGACGGGGGGAUGGAGACUGGGUGUGGGAUUGGUCCAGUAGGCCUGAAAAUAUGCCACCAAAAGAGUUUGUGUUCCAGCACCCGAAGCGGCCCAGGUCUCUGAGCGUUCGUAAGACUGAGGUGAUGAAGAGAAGAAUCUUUUCCUCCGACGUGCUGCUCAUCCUGGUUCCCUCUCUCCUGGCGUCACACCUGCUCACACUCGGAAUCGGGAUCUACAUUGGAAAAAGGUUGGCUGCAUCUACCACCAGCACACUGUGACAUUAACAUCAGGGCUUUGCUGCUAAGACAUUGUAAAGGUGUGCCCGUUUCUGGACCUAUCCUCUGCAAUUUCCUUAUUUACCUCCUUUUCUUUCUUUCUAUCACGGGUCAAUGUUAGGACCCUGUCUGCCUGUACCUGUCUCUGUGUAAUCCCCUACAUGUCCCUGUCUGGCUCCCUCGUUCAGAGCUGAGGGGCAGUAGGGACGGGUGCAAACUUGUGACUCACUCUGAGGUCACUUUUAAUCUCCCAAAGACUGAGCUCCUCUAUUUAAUGUAAAAGGGGAGAGAGGAAGAGGCUUCAGUGGAUCAUGAGAAAGGAAACUUUUACUCAGUAGAACAAUAAUCCCUUUGGUGAAGUGAACAGGGGAGAAACUGAACAUUUCUGAUAAAGAGGAAAAUAAUAUGUUACCCUUCGUACAACCUUCAAAAGCUCCUUUGUUAAAAUGGUUUAAGUUUUUCCUGCUCGGGGGGAUAUAUAUACA